UUCUACCAUGGACAUGUGAUAGAAAUCUACAAUCACCAUAUUGUGACAGGGCAGCGUCUCUAUAUAUUUUCGGGAUUGCCCACCCACCGCGGUUUCGGAAAGUACCUAACGAUUGAGACCGAGCUCUGUCCGAUGGGGUACGAGCUGCAUGAGGAUAAGACGUGUCAACCCUGUCCGCAUGGUUUCUUUUCUUCAACUCUACAUGACAGAUGCAAACCGUGUCCAAAUUUCACAACGACAGAGACAGAAGGAUCGAACGCCUGCGUUGCAAUAUCUCCGUGCCGUUCCCAGCAUUGCCACCAGCACGGGGUGUGCAUCGUGACCGACUUCACCGCCAGCUGCCAUUGCGACUUUGGUUACGUGUCGUAUGACAACUGUAGACUACCACUGGUGAGCUUGGUCAUUGCAUCCGCUAUUCUGCUCCUCGUCUCCUUCAUUGCUCUUGCUCUACGCAAAUACCACACUAGAAACCAGCAACUCAAGCUCAAGGAGAGAGAGCUGCAGGACAAACACAAGAGUAUGCGACUGUAUCAGAAGAAGCUAGACCAGAUCAACAUCGGGGCAAGAAUACGCUGGUCAUCGCUGAACCUCACCAAGAAACUGGCCAGGGGAGCAUUCUCGCAAGUGUGGCUAGCCGAGUUCAGCGACAUGUUAGUAGCUGUGAAAGUACUCCCCAAAUAUACUGGUAGAAAUAACUCGCAGACAGACCAGUUCGUCCAGGAAGCUGAGGUCCUGCGUUCAAUUCGUCACCCCAACAUCGUCAUCUUCUUGGGAGCUGGCACAAAUAAUUCCAGCAAAAGACCAUUUAUCGUGAUGGAGUACUUGCGGCGAGGUUCUCUCCACAAUGUACUCCACGAUGGCGGGAACGUGUUCACACACCAAGAUCAUCUGAGAUUUGCCCUGGACACAGCCCGAGGCAUGACGUACCUGCACGAAUCCAACCCGCCACGCCUGCACCGAGACCUGAAAUCUCCCAACCUUCUAGUCAGCGACAAGUGGGUGGUGAAAAUCGGCGAUCUUGGCAACUCGCGAUUUAUGGCCAUUCUGGAUGAGGAGAAGGCGGCCGGAGCGAACAGGACCAGUACCAGCGCCGCUCAAACUGCCCUGACGCAGUCAUCAAACACGGCGGCGGGCACGCAGUCCGUAGGCGAAAGCCCCAGGGAAAAUGUACUUAUCGAGCCUCCCUGUUCCGAAGCAGUACUUGACAGACGUGAUUCCAAGAGCUCGCUUGCACUUUCAGGAAGCCAGGAGACCAGUCUGUCAACGCCUCUACUCACCGACGUCUCCACAAACCAUGGAGAGACGUUUCAGCGCUAUUCGGCAUCAGUGAUGACUCGCGGUGUGGGGACUCUGCGCUGGAAAUCACCGGAGUCAGUACGUGGCGAGCAUUACAACGAGAAAGCCGAUAUCUACAGCUAUGGGGUUGUCCUUUGGGAGAUCUUCACCAGGCAAACGCCAUACGGACAUCUGAAGCGUGAGACAGACGUGGAGAAGGCAAUAGAGAAUGGUCACCAGCUGCCUAUUCCACCGGGUAUGCCCUAUGACUAUCGUCAUCUGGUCGAGGCCUGCUUGAGACCAGAAGCGGCCAACCGUCCGUGCUUCAGUGAUAUUCUCCAUGAUCUGGAAAUUCAACAAGUGAAUGCCUGACCAUGUUUCCCUUGGUGCGUACGCGUACACUUGCUCUGCCCCAAGAUCAUAUUUCUACAUUUUACAUAGGCAACCCUAGUUUGGAACGAUCUUCUAUGACUAAAUCAUCAUCUGUUACUGUGCUUUGCAAAAGUGGCAAUUCGGCUACAAAGCACGAGAUGCGGGUUUUUUGAUUUUUAUUAUGUUGAUUGGCCAUUUAAUAGUUUGUGGAUACCACCUUCCGGGGCACACGUGCAGCAUACCAGUGGGUCUACGCCUGUUUUGGCCACCCGCCUCCAUCGACACUACCAAUGUAAAUAGAAGUAGAAUGCACUGCGUUUCUAUAAAGACUUCAUGGCCCGUAUCCUGAUGAGGCUUCUUUUGAGAUUCAGCACUAGUCAUUUCUUUCCACAAUCUUUAUAAUAAAUAUCCUGUUCUUGUCGGUAAUGCAGUUGCGCGAUGUCCACACGUUUCUUAGCCGUCUUGCUGAAAUGAUUAUUCCAUCAACAACCAGACAAGAACUGCGCUCUCCAGCCGACCUUGACACGUUGCCACAGCACACCAUCAGCAAAGCGACUCAUCCGUUAGUACUCAUGUCCAACAGACAGCUGCUUCGAGUAUAGAAUUCUCGCCACUGAAGGUUGAUGAUUUAAUGACUAUUGGCUAAUACAUGUAGAUAGUGAGAAUCACCCUGUUGUAAUGAACUAGGAAAUUUGCACAGCCUAUACAGUCUAGACUGCAGUUCUGCUUUGUUUUGCCAGCAUUGCACUGCACACCUUUACCGACAUCACCGUUAGCCCUAUUGUUAUAUGUUCGCCCCUUGUGAA